GUACUUCGACUCGAGAAGGAAACGACGCCGGUUUAGUCUUUUGGAAGUCAACAGUCCACACCAUUUCAAAACCCCCAACCUGGAGAACCACAUCGACCCACCAAUGGAGUUAUACUCCGGCGCCGGUGGUGUUCCGGCAUCGCUAGCAAUCGUAGCCUGUAUCGGCAUGACUAUCUUGUACGUCGCAAUCCUCUACUCUCCCACAUUAAUCCUCCGUCUCCCGCCCCCUUCAUCCUUCAAAACCUUCAUGAUCCGACGGUUCAUUUGCGCCGGUAUCUCCACCGUCGUUUCACUUGUUGUCUGCGCCUUUAUUCUUCCUAUAAAGAGGUGGAACAUGUCCUACUUGCUUAGUGCUUAUGGUAUCCGUCUACACCACACGUGGGAAGCUGUGGUUUUUCCUCUUGGCCUGACUUCUUUAAUGUAUAUCGGCUCGUUUAUCCUCAAAAUUUGGAGCUCGUGGGCCGAACAUGGGGACCAUCAGAUAGAUAUAUCAUUUCAAAACCUUAUUAACUGGAUGGUUUCAGGUGUUUACGAUAUUUCAGUUUGGAGAAUGUAUAUUGUGGCUCCCCUUACGGAAGAGUUAGUUUUCAGAGCUUGUAUGAUAUCUUUACUUCUAUGUGGAGGAUUUAAAGCAUAUACAGUAAUACUUCUCUCUCCUGUUCUUUUUAGCCUAGCUCACUUGAACCAUUUAUUGGAGUACCACAUGCAACAAAAUACCAGCUUGCUGAAAGCUUCCAUGGUUGUAGGUUUUCAGCUUGGGUACACAGUGAUAUUUGGGUCAUAUGCAUCAUUUCUCUUUGUUCGAACUGGACAUAUAGCAGCGCCGCUCGUGUCACAUAUUUUCUGCAACAUCAUGGGGCUUCCUGCCUUCUUUUCACGACGAACAUGGUUGGUGAGCGUGGGAUUUGUAGCAGGGGCGAUAAGCUUUGUAUAUCUUUUGUUUCCACUUACUUCUCCUUCGUUGUACAAUGACAAUUGCGAAUGCUGGCACACUUACUGUUAUUGGACUUAAGAGACUAUGAAUUUGCUUAUUAGCCAUCACCAAAUGUGGCUAUAUCCUUCAAUUGGAUUCAAGAUAGUUUUCAGUCAGAUUUUUUUGUCCAGAAAGGAUCUUCUUGCUUGCCAUGCAGAUCAGUUAUUUGUUUAUCUGCGUGUAUCGACAUUUUAGUCUGAAUUCAACGAUUUCAAAAUGAACAACUUAUAUUGUACAAA